CCAGGUGUGUUUGAGGAGUUCAGAUCACUGCAGAUUACUCACAGGUGUGGUGAUAUUUACCUGAGGCUGCUCCUUCCAACACAAACCUGUCCGAGGCCAAGAAUGGACUGCAACCUUCAGAUAACCUCUUCCUGCUGGAUUAUUAUCGUCCUUAUCUCACUUUCUACACUCACAGAGAGCCGGAGCAGGACUCAUGGUGACAUCCAGCAGCCUCAGGUGACUGCAGGUAAACAGCAGCAGCAGCAGAGCCCGGUGCUCGCUGCAAGGCCUCGGCCUGUGGUGGUCCACUGCCACCCGGACUCGAUGCGGGUGGUGGUGCAGGCUGACAUGUUUGAGACAGGUCUACAGGUGGACGGCAGACAUCUGCGCCUGGGUGAAGGGAGUUCAUGUGCAGCAGUCCCAUCAGGAGAAGCAGAAUUCACCAUCCAGACCCACCUGAGGGAUUGUGGGACUAAACUCUCAUCGACAAAAGAGAAGAUUAUCUAUUCUAAUGUUCUGGUCUACUCACCUGAACCUUCAUCUGAUGGUUUGCUUAGACUGGACGGAGCAACUAUUCCAGUUGAAUGUCAUUAUGAAAAGAGGUAUGCUGUGGAUGCCAUCUCCCUGCAUCCCACCUGGGUCCCUUCUGUGUCCAGGCUCUCGGCAGAGGAUCAGAUAGACUUAAAUCUGCUGCUCAUGACUGAUGAUUGGCAGUUUGAGAGAGGAUCUUAUUCCUACUUCCUGGGGGACCCCAUUCUUCUUGAAGUUACUGCCAUCGUCGGUAACCACAUGCCCCUGCGAGUCUACGUUGAUCACUGCGUUGCCACAGCAACUCCCGAUGCAGAGGCUACAUUAAGAUAUGACUUUAUAGAGCAUUACGGAUGUCUUGCUGAUGCGUACCUGACGAACUCUAGCUCCCGUUUUCUACCAAGAGUUGAAGAGCACAAGCUGAGGUUUCAGCUGGAGGCCUUCAGGUUCUACCGGGAGCCCAGCAAUCAGGUCUACAUAACCUGCUACAUGAAGGCUGUUCCAGUCGUGUUAAGUGUCAGCUCUCAAAACAGGGCUUGCUCUCUAAUUGAGAACAGAUGGAGGUCAGUUGAUGGGAACGACCAUGCAUGUAGGAGCUGCGAUCUCAACCAUCGGGUUGAGGAACCUCCGGCCACAGAACCCCCUGAAACUACCAUCAGCACCAAAGCACGGCCCUCCAAGACUUCACAGGAGAGUUUAGUCCAGAACAUACCCGAACAACGCCCUGUUAAUUAUUUCCGCUUUCGUCCAGGAGUGCACCAGAGCCAACACAACAAACCCCAACAAUCCUCUGCUGGGUUGAUGAAGAGAGGAGCAGAGCACAAAGCAGAGCGAACUAUCCAGCUGGGACCCGUUACCAUCCUGCCAUCCAGCAAUGUUGAAACAAGGCCAUCCGAUUCCAAAACAGUACUUUCGCCAAAGAACAGGAGCACCCGAGAUUCAGGAUAGCACAGUGGAGACUGAGGAUAAAACAAAACAGAUUUCAUCGCUGCCUUGUACAGGACAAAAACAUUUUGGACACAACCCCUGUGAAUGCAGAGGUCAAGCUCAUCAUUCGAAAUACCAUCUCACCUGAAACUAAGUUUUUACUGUGAACUUUACUCUGCAAUGUGAAAGUAUUUACACAUUUCCAGAACAGUAUUUUUCUGUACAAAUGACAAACCUUUAUUUUCUCCAAUAAAUAUUUUGCUUUUUGCAUUUUCA